AUGGGCAAGAGCGACGGAGGGAACGGAGAUGAUGACAGGGAUUGUAAUAGAGAUGAUGACAGGGAUUGUAAUAGAGAUGAUGACAGGGAUUGUAAUAGAGAUGAUGACAGGGAUUGUAAUAGAGAUGAUGACAGGGAUUGUAAUAGAGAUGAUGACAGGGAUUGUAAUAGAGAUGAUGACAGGGAUUGUAAUAGAGAUGAUGACAGGGAUUGUAAUAGAGAUGAUGACAGGGAUUGUAAUAGAGAUGAUGACAGGGAUUGUAAUAGAGAUGAUGACAGGGAUUGUAAUAGAGAUGAUGACAGGGAUUGUAAUAGAGAUGAUGACAGGGAUUGUAAUAGAGAUGAUGACAGGGAUUGUAAUAGAGAUGAUGACAGGGAUUGUAAUAGAGAUGAUGACAGGGAUUGUAAUAGAGAUGAUGACAGGGANACUGGUCAAUACAUAUUCAAUAUCACAGAAACUUUCCAAAGCGAACCCAUUGGCAACGACCAAUUGAGAUUCUUUUACCAAUCAGAUAUUGAUGGGGAGAAAGAGAGCAACAUCAGUAACAUUGACACCAAACAAAAUCUGCGCACAACGACAUUGAACAAUGUGUACUUGGUUGCUGGCCGUCUUUACUUGUUGACAUUACUUCGCGAUGCSUCGUUAGAGUUUCAAAGCAUCAAAUUCCGAUAUAUUGAUUCACUGGGAAACACUUCACUCUGGAAGACGACGAUCAAUCAACUCAUCAAAUUCUCAGAAUCCAGCAGCAAUAAGAGCAGAUCCCUUCUUGGAGAAUGGGGCGCCUGGUCGUCGUGUAGCUGUGGUAACGGUACAAAAGUUCGUCAGCGUCUUUGCUCCAAUGAUACCCUGAAUCUCGUAGGAAAGAUGGAUGUGCCUACGACUUCAAGUGAAGCUACUACAUGCCAGCAAAACGUCUCUUGCACAGGUGUUGCGUACUUCAUCGGUCCAAAAGGCACAAACUGUCAUGACAAAUGCAAUCAAGAAGGAAGGAUCUGUGCUAAAUAUGGUCAUGAUUUUCCUCCCACUGAUGCUAAAGGUGUUUUUGAAGCGCUAGGAAUCACCUGUACUUCCACCAAGGAUGAACGYGCAGAGGAAUUGGCUUUACCUCACUAUUCAAACGAGUCAGGGAUAGYCUGCAUGCGGUUCGAGUUGAUUGGAGAAAAGCUAUUUGCGUGURGCGAAAUACKUGAGAAUCUUAUUUGCCCCUGCGCACCUAAACCAGUUCCUCCAACAAUUGGAMAAKUUAAACGAGGUAKACAUCCAGGACGGUUAAAAGUCGCUUUGUUAAGGCCUAACACCUCCCGCAAACAGUAUUAUAAGAGUUUUACAUUGAUUGCAUUUAAUAUGAAUGGAACUCUUUUUGGUUCUCGAACAAUAAAACAUAGUCAAUUUUGGGCURURCGUGAAGACUAUCAGCCAUUAACCAACUAUUGCAUGAAGGCAUAUACAACAUCCUUAAAUGGAGAUGGUGACYAUACGGCUUCCUGUGUGUAUAUCGAUACAAGAGAUGUCCCCUCACAGGAGCCAGCCAAUCUCUCWGCAUAUUUGGUGAACGCUACAACAAUAGGGGCUUCAUGGAAUCCCAUCAACAUGUCAUACCCAGUAAUGUAUGGAAUGCCAUUUGAACACUACGGACUAUACGCUUUUCAAAAUGGAAGAAAUCAUAGCCGUCAAGUCUCUACUCCGCUACAAUCAUACRAGACGACAUUCGCCAUGAUUUCAAAYYUAUUGUACUAUACGACGUACUGCAUCAAAGUGGCGGCUUACAGUACAUUGGGAAGAGGGAAAUCAACUGAUGGUUGUCUGGUCAAUGUAACAACGAUGGGCGGAGUUCCCAAGUCGUUUCCCAGCCCCGUGUCGAUACUCAACGUUUCUGGUGACUCAAUUGACGUGUCAUGGGAAAGACCAUCUCUCGAAAAACUUGGCGACAAUGAAACUCAAUUUAAAUUAUACAUCAACCACAGUUUAGCUGUUUUMAAUGYAUCAAAUGCAUCAAAUGCAUUCAAUACAUCCAUUACUUCCAAUACAAACUGGUCUUUCAUCAAUCUUCAACCAAUGACAUCGUAUGUUAUUAUGAUCUCGGCUGUCAAUCAACAUGGUGAGGGGCCUCGAAGUCACUGGUAUAAUGUAACGACCAGAGAGAAUGCUCCACAGUCAUUCCCAGCAGGGUUGCAACUAGGCGAAGUUACAUCAUGGUCUGCCAUUUUGAAAUGGAGUAGCAUACUUCCUGACAGUAACCAUGCUGGACCAGUCUCAGGCUAUUUUAUAUAUCGCAUUAAAUGCGUCAACGUUGGAGUGGAGAGUUCUGAGCUUAUUCAAAUAGACGGCGCAAGUACCUUGAAAUACAAAGACUCUUCUUUGUCACCAUUCACAUGCUACAGGUUUAGCAUAGCGGGCUUCAACGAAGGGGGUACUGGACCCAAGUCCAACUGGAUAACCGCUACUACUUUGGAAGCAGCUCCAAGCUGGUACCCAGUAAACCUUAAGUCUCAAGAGCUAAGCAAGACAGCAGUCAACAUGUCUUGGGGAGAUGUACCAGAACAGUCGCAACAUGGCAUAAUUCUUGGCUAUACCUUAUGCAUAUGGAACGAGAAAACGUCAUUAUGUGAUGAACAUUUAUGGUUUUGUAACAAAACACACUAUGACUACCAUACCAUACCAUACCAUGCCCAGUACCAUACCAUACCAUGCCCAGUACCAUACCAUACCAUACCAUGCCCAGUACCAUACCAUACCAUGCCCAUUCCCUUGGUGGCUCUUUCUUCGUUUAAAGUAGUUGGUAAAGGGCCAGAGACGAUUGAAUUUUCCUGGACUGGCAUCUCUGACUCCGAGAUAAAUGGUGUAUURAAAGGGUACAAGUUCUACGUAAGAAAGUGUGGUUCAUCUGAUGAAUCUGUUUGGACUUACAACACCAGUAGUCAAAUAAACGGCAUUACUUAUUAUGGUUUAACACCCUUGACGUGCUACAAUGUCAGUGCAGCACAAUUUACCGGGAAAGGGCCUGGGAAGCGAAGUGAAUGGGACAAUGGAAAUACAACUGAAUCAGUUCCGUCUGAGUCUCCAGAGAACAUUGCAGCAUACAAUACGAGCUCGACGUCAAUUAAUAUAACAUGGGGACAAGUUCCUGAAGAUGAUCGCAAUGGUGUUGUAAUUGGCUACAAAGUGGUACUAGUGAAUGGUGAAUCUAACAUUACCAUCUCAACAACYGUCGUAGAUGUUUUAACUAAGCAUCUGGAAGUCACAAACCUAGAGUAUUACACGUUGUAUUGUGUUCGGGUUUUAGCUUUUACUAGAGUAGGGAAUGGUACCUUGAGUCGUUGUGUCAUGGUCUUUACUGAAGAAGACGUUCCAUCCACACAACCGCUGUCUAUCACAUUAAAUAGYUCGUCACCUACGAUAAUUUCUGUUACCUGGCAACCUGUGCCUGUAAAGCAUCGCAAUGGAAUCAUCACAGAGUAUAAUAUCCAGCAUCAAAUUUGCGAUAACCCGAAUUCUACAACAAACGUWAUAGUCCCUCAAGAUGUUGCMSUGUUUUCAGCGGUAGUUCCUGCUAAACCCUACACGUGCUACAUGUUUCGCGUGUGUGGCGUGACAAAGAUUGGUCACGGCGCGUACAGCAAAUGGCAUGCAAUCACAACACCACAAGACAAACCAGGAAGUGCCCCACAAAACAUCACAGCUGAAGCUAAUUCCUCCACUUCAAUCAUCGUCACGUGGAACGAUGUC